AUGGCUCUGCUUGAUACGACAUUGGAAACUAGCAAGCUGGCCGCAACCCAUGAACAGGUUCAGAUCUCAAAUGAGAAUUCCGCAUUUAGACUAGUGGGCACAGUGGUAUGCACGAUAUGGUAUUUCACGGUUCUAGCACUUGGAUAUUCGGGAUGGAUCGAGAUUAUGCGUAAAUUCCGCGGCAAAAAAAGAUUGGCGCGAUCUAAUGAUGCACAGGAAGCCGUUAGCAUCAUCCGACCUUGUAAGGGUAUUGAGACCGAAAUGGUGGCAUGUCUCGAGAGCUGCAUACUACAGGAAUACCCUAGGGACAAGUUCGAGGUGCUUUUUUGCGUCGAAAGCAGCUCCGAUGCAUGUUUGCCAACGAUUCAACAGCUCAUCUCAAGGUAUCCGCAACACAAUUUGAAGCUAUUGGUGGGAAAAAGUGGCUACGAGGACUACUACGGGCCUAAUCCAAAAGUUAACAACCUUUCCAAGGGCUACCGUUAUGCGCAAAACGAUAUCAUAUGGGUUCUGGACGCAAAUGUGUGGUGUCCGCCUGGUGCCUUGAGCCGCAGUGUUGCAAGCUUGGUCAAUUCUCUCGAUAACGGCACUAAGACUACAUCUCGGCCAGUGGUCUUGACACAUCAUGUGCCUCUAGCGUUAAGCAUCAGUCCGAACACGCGUUCGGUGCCUCUUAGCGCGCGUUUGGACGAAAUGUUUAUGUUCAGUUCCCACGCCAAGUUUUACGUCGGGUUCAAUAAAAUCAGCAUAGCGCCAUGUGUGAACGGCAAAAGUAACCUAUAUCGCCGCUCUGAUCUGGACAUGGCAGUUGAAUCUAUUGGUGAGGCUCUUAAAUUUUCAGCUCUGUUCAAGGAUCCAACAAUUCAAAGAGAGGCUCGUGUCAUAGCUGCCAAGUGCAAAGGUGAGCUCAGUGUUGAUACUAGAAAACCUUUCACAGUAUUCGCUAUGGAUAACACGACAGGCGAAAUAGGGACUAAAGAAGUGGCUGCUCAUGAGCAGUUGCAUCACCAUGGCAUUGAGUUUUUCAGCACGUACAUCGGCGAAGACAACAUGAUAGGCACGGCCUUGUGGGAUAUGCUUGGAGGACGCACAGGAAUGACAACUGACGUUGUUGUUCAACCGCUACAGUUUGGAAUUCGAGACCAAGGUCUUCGUAAUUAUAUCGAUCGCCGGGUGCGUUGGUUGCGUGUACGCAAAUACAUGGUUUUGGCAGCCACUUUGCUAGAGCCCACAACGGAAUGUUUUUUCAUUGGAGCGAUGGGAGCGUGGGGAUUCAGUUGGCUCUUUCAACUGCCUUUCAGCCUUAUUUUCUUGGUUCACAGUUUCUUAUGGUGCGUUACAGACAGGCUACAGUACCUUGUUCUACUACGAACGAUCUAUGCCGAUGAUAGCUUGAGACAAGAGCAUACACCAGCGUUUCUCGAGCACGCCGAGACUCCACGAACCUUAUGGGACUGGUGGCAGCUUUGGUUGUUGCGCGAGCUACUGGCACUCCCCAUAUGGAUCAAGGCAAUGUGUGGGUCCGUAAUUGAUUGGCGAAACAAACCGUUCCGAAUCAAGCGCGACCUCACAGCAGAAGAGUUGACCAAAUGA